AAUACAGCGGGAAAACCCAUGCAAACUUUAUCGGUUGAUAUGUUUUAAUUUUGUGUUAAACUUUUAUCAUAGCAACUCAGGCCUCUGUAAAAAAUAAAAGUGAAAGUGUUUCUUAUCCUCAACGCCAUUUUGACCCGUUGUUUACGAACGACUUCUGGCUCUCCACUAUCCAGCUGUGUCUCCAUGAACAGUGAGUGCCAUGGAUCCUCCUCGUACAUUAACAGAGGGAGACUCCUCAUCUGGACACAGUGAAACCCAGGUAAAGAGACCAGACUCACCAUUACCCAGCUGUGUCUCCAUGAAGAGUGAUGUGUCUCUGGAUGUUUUUCUUACAUUCAAAGAUGGAGAGCCCUCACCUGGACACAGUGUAACCCAGGUAAAGAGACCAGACUCACCAUUACCCAGUUGUGUCUCCAUGAAGAGUGAUGUGUCUCUGGAUGUUUUUCUUACGUUCAAAGAUGGAGAGCCCUCACCUGGACACAGUGUAACCCAGGUAAAGAGACCAGACUCGCCAUUACCCAGUUGUGUCUCCAUGAAGAGCGAUGCAUCUCUGGAUGUUUUUCUUACAUUCAAAGAUGGAGAGCCCUCACCUGGACAGAGUGUAACCCAGGUAAAGAGACCAGACUCGCCAUUACCCAGCUGUGUCUCCAUGAAGAGUGAUGCGUCUCUGGAUGUUUUUCUUACAUUCAAAGAUGGAGAGCCCUCACCUGGACACAGUGUCAUGCAGAUGGAUAGAAAGGACCAGAAGAUCAUCACAGAUACAGGGUGUGAACCUUCAUCUGCUGGAACUGAUGUUCAGGAAAAAUACAAAUUAAAUCUGAUAAAGAAGUUACAGCAUGUAAAUGAAGUGGUAACAAACCAGGGAAACCCAACACUUCUCAAUGAGAUCUACACAGAGCUCUACAUCACAGAAGGAGACAGUGGAAAAGUCAAUAAUGAACAUGAGGUGAGACAGAUCGAGGCAGCAUCCAGGAGAGCAGCAACAGAGGAAACACCAAUCAAAUGCAAUGACAUCUUUAAACCUUUAUCUGAAGAAGACAAACCCAUCAGGAGCGUUCUGACAAAGGGAGCCGCUGGCAUUGGAAAAACAGUCUCUGUGCAGAAAUUCAUUCUAGACUGGGCUGAAGGGAAAACAAAUCAGGAUGUUCAUCUCAUAUUUCCACUUCCUUUCAGAGAGCUCAAUCUGAUGAAGGACCAAAAACUGAGUCUGAUGGAGCUUCUUCAUCUCUAUUUUAAGGAAAUAAAACAAACAAACAUUUCCACUCUGCACAAAGUUCUGUUCAUUUUUGAUGGUUUGGAUGAGUGUCGUUUCCCUCUGGAUUUCCAGAACACAGUGAGAGUGUGUGAUGUAACUGAAUCAGCAUCAGUGAAUGUGCUGCUGAUAAACCUGAUCAAAGGGAAUCUGCUUCCCUCUGCUCUCAUCUGGAUCACCUCUCGACCUGCAGCAGCUGAUCAAAUCCCCUCUGAGUGGAUUAAUCGAGUCACAGAGGUACGAGGGUUCAAUGACCCACAGAAGGAGGAAUAUUUCAGGAAGAGGAUCAGAGAUCAGAGUCUGAGCAACAGAAUCAUCACACACCUGAAGUCAUUAAGAAGCCUCUACAUCAUGUGCCACAUCCCAGUCUUCUGCUGGAUUUCAGCCACUGUUCUAGAGAGAAUGUUGGGUGAAGCAGAGAGUGGAGAGAUCCCCAAGACUCUGACUCAAAUGUACACACACUUCCUCAUCAUUCAGACAAACAUCAUCAAGAAAAAGUACACAGAGAGCAGAGAGGCAGAUAAAGAAAUGGUUCUGAAACUGGGUAAACUGGCUUUCAGGCAGCUGAUGAAAGGGAACCUGAUCUUCUAUGAGGAAGACCUGAGAGAGUGUGGCAUUGAUGUGACUGAAGCAUCAGUGUAUUCAGGUGUGUGUACACAGAUCUUCAGAGAGGAGUUUGGACUUCACCAGAGUAAAGUGUACUGCUUUGUUCAUCUGAGCAUUCAGGAGCACCUCGCAGCUCUGUAUGUGCAUCUGACAUUCAUGAAUGAAAAGAAAAAUGUUUUAAAAAAUACAACAACCAACAUAUUGAAGCUGAAAUCUACAAUCUCAGAUGUUCACAAGAGUGCUGUAGAUCAGGCUUUAGAGAGUGAAAAUGGACAUCUGUAUCUUUUCCUUCGCUUUCUUCUGGGUCUCUCACUGGAGUCCAAUCAGAUCCUCUUACAAACCAUCAUGAAACCCAGAAGAAGAAGCUCCCAGGAAACAGUUCAUUACAUCAAGAAGAAGAUCAGAGAGAAUCCCUCAACAGAGAAAUCCAUCAAUCUGUUCCACUGUCUGAAUGAACUGGAAGAUCAUUCUCUAAUUGAGGAAAUCCAACACUACCUGAAGUCUGGAAAUUUACAAAAAAACAAACUUUCUCCAUCUCAGUGGUCAGCUGUGGUGUUUGUGUUACUGACAUCAGUGCAGGAACACGAUGUGUUUGUUCUGAAUAAAUAUAUUAACAAACACUGUAAAUCAGACAAGGUUCUUCUGAAGCUCCUGCCUGUGGUUGCAGCAUCCAGAAAAGCUGAACUUAAUAAUUGUGGCCUAAAUGAGGAAGGUUGUGCACUUUUGGCCUCAGUGCUCAGCUCUAAAUCCUCCAAUCUGAGAGAACUGGAUCUGUCUAGGAAUAAACUGAGAGACUCAGGAGUGAAGUGUCUCUCUGCUGUACUGGAGAAUCUUCACUGUAACCUGGAGACACUGAGGUUGUCUGGUUGUGAAAUCUCAGAUGAAGGCUGUGAUGCUCUGACUUCAGCUCUGAGAUCAAACCCCUCACACCUGAGAGAACUGGAUCUGUCUGGGAAUAAACUCAGAGACUCAGGAGUGAAGAAUCUCUCUGCUGUACUGGAGAAUCCUCACUGUAAACUGGAGACACUGAGGUUGCGUUAUUGUAAAAUCUCAGAUGAAGACUGUGCUGCUCUGACUUCAGCUCUGAGAUCAAACCCCUCACACCUGAGAGAACUGGAUCUGUCUAGGAAUAAACUCAGAGACUCAGGAGUGAAGUGUCUCUCUGCUGUAUUGAAGAAUUCUCACUGUAACCUGGAGACACUGAGGUUGUGUAAUUGUGGUGUCGCAGCUGAAGGCUGUGCUGCUCUGACUUCAGCUCUGAGAUCAAACCCCUCACACCUGAGAGAUCUGGAUCUGUCUUGGAAUAGACUCACAGACUCAGGAGUGAAGAGUCUUUCCGCUAUACUGGAAAAUCCUCACUGUAAACUGGAAAUACUGAGGUUGUGUAAUUGUGAAAUCUCAGAUGAAGACUGUGCUGCUCUGACUUCAGCUCUGAGAUCAAACCCCUCACACCUGAGAGAUCUGGAUCUGUCUUGGAAUAGACUCACAGACUCAGGAGUGAAGAGUCUUUCUGCUGUACUGGAGAAUCGUCACUGUAAACUGGAGACACUGAGGUUGCGUUAUUGUGAAAUCUCAGAUGAAGGCUGUGCUGCUCUGGCUUCAGCUCUGAGAUCAAACCCCUCACACCUGAGAGAACUGGAUCUGUCUGGGAAUAAACUCAGAGACUUAGAAAAGAAUCAGCUCUUCAGUCUUAAACUACAGAACUUGAGGAUGUAAAGAAUUUAUCUGAACCAGUCUGGCCUUUUCCCUCUGAUCUUUCUCAUCAGCAAGGAUUUUCAAACCACAGAACUGUGUCUCAUUCAGAGGGUGUUUUGUUUUUCACACCAUUCUGUGUAAACUCUGGAGGAGAUCAGCAGUUUCUGGAAAACUCUAACCAGCUCAUCUGGCAGCAAAAAACAUGCCACAGUUAGUCACAGAGAUCAGACUUUUUCUUCAUUCUGAUGUUUGAUGUAAGCAUUAACUUAAGCUCUUGACAUGUAUCUGUAUUUAUACAUUGUGUUGCUGGCAUCUGAUUGGCUGAUUAUAAGCAGGUGUACAGGUGUUCCUAAUAAUGUGGAUAGUUAGUGUAUAUUUUUGUAUGUGCCUCAAAGUUUAAUUUUUUUUUCUUUUAGAUAAGCACUUUAACAAAGUGCACAAUGUUAACACUACUGUGCUCUAACUACAUAACAAAAAAAUAGCUAGACUUUCUGACAGAAUGCAGUGAGAUUUUCUGUACACACAAAGACUAUUAUAACUACUAUAGUAACCAUAAGCUAUAAAUUGCUCACUUCUAUUUUCUUCUAACUAUUUUGCUUCAGUAGAGUAAUUCACAGUGGUGCAGCAUGUAGUAUUGGUACCUUACAGCACCAGGUUUCUGGGUUUAAUCCUGAACUUGGUUUAAUAGUUUCACAUGCUGCUGUGGGUUUCCUUUGGGUUCUCUGAUUUUUCUCCCACUGUCCAAAACAUACAGCUAGGUAGAGUGUCUAUGCUAACUCCAGUAAACCUGUUCCUGUCUCAUGGUGUAUUGUUUCUGACCCUCUAACACCAUAUGGACAUACACUACUGAAGGCUUUGUCACAGGCUUCACCUCACACAUGAGCACAGCCAAAUAACCCAACCUGAAGAUCUUACCCUGGAUCCUGGGGCUGUGAGGGAAAAAUACUACCUGCUGCACUCCCCUGUUACAGUAUAAUGCUACAAGUACAGUUUAUUAUUAUUAGUAGUAGUAGUAUUAAUAAUAAUAAUAAUAAUAAUAAAUAAUAAUAAUAAUAAUAUCAGCCUUAUAACAUUAACUAUUGGUUAAUACUUUCUUUAUAUUAUAUAAACACUUGAUUAGUAAAAACUUAAAAAGCAAUGCUUAAUAAAUUAUACUACUGACAUUGAAUAAUUGUUUGUUUUUUAAUCUGGGUUGUUAAGCUGGUAAAGAUUGAUAUUAAAUUGGUGCUGUUUAUAAAAACCUAUUGAGCUGCUCUUUUGGUGUUAUGGUCUAUCAGUCUGAAAUGAGCAUUCUGUAGUAGAACGGGAAUUUUGCAUUUCCAGAAGAAAAUGCGUGUGAUUGCGAAAAGCAAAGCAAUAUGUUCUUAAACUAUUGCAAUACAUUGUCAAAUAGUAUAUACAAGCUAAAGUCACAGUUUAAGGUAGUAUGUGGCUGUAGAGUAAGAAUUCAAGCUGUAGGAACAGUUUAAAGAUGAUACAAACUUUAAAAAAAAAAAAAAAGACACACACACAGUAGCGGUCUGAAGUCCGUGAAAAAUAUGUUUAAAAAUCCAUAUAAAAAACUAUAAUACUUAUCAGCAUGAAAAGUAAUAGUACAUCUAAGCAGCAUGUUAGCGUUGGAAGCAUGUUUCUACCUAUUACCGUUUAAGCGAUAUGCUGCUUAAACUAUUGCAAGACAUUCUGAAAUAAUACAUAAAUACAACUCCGAGCGGGUCUCGGACCCGGGUCUCCACCAUGGGAGGCGAACGCGCUAACAAAGUACCACAACAGAUGAAAAGCUUCACUGGCAAGUUAACUUAUAAAGAUGAGGUUUACAUCACAGCACGUAAUGCACUCAGUUACAAAUAUAAAAGCUACACAUGCUUAAGCUAUUGCAAGACAUUCUCAAAUAAUAAAUACAAACUAAAGUCACAGUUAAAAUAUGAAGUUUAAACGAACUAGUGCGCGCGCUGGGAACAGUUUAAAGACGAUGCGUCCAACCUCCUCCCUCACUCUAGCUGACGUCACACACACACACACACACACGCACACAGUAGCGGUCUGAAGUCCGUGAUGCAUUUAACAAUGCAUAUAAAAUAAACUAUAAUACUUAUCAGCAUGAAACGUAAUAGCAUUUUAGCGUUGGAACCAUGUUUCUAGCGUGUGCAGGAAGUGAAGUCCGUAAAAAUUAAUAUAAAAUAAACUAUAAUACUUAUCAGCAUGAAAAGCAUUAGCACACUUAAGCACGGGCGCGCUAACAAAUAAGCUAAAGUGCAGCUUAUAACACUACUGAGAUCAGUGGAGUAAAGGGAGUGAAAGCAAGGUGACUUAUAAGCAAGUUGAAACAUGCUUUAUACAACUCGCUACACGGCACCUAGCGCAAGCCUCCGUUACAUAUAUAAAAACUAUACAUGCUUAAACUAUUGCAAAAAAUUGUCGAAUAAUAAACACAAAAUAAAGUUGAAGUCUAAACGAACCAGCGUGUGUGUUCUGCUUAAAUGUCAGUUUAAAGACGAUACGACUUAAAAAAAAAAAAAAAAAAAACCUCUUCAUUCUUUAGUUUCGACACUUUAGCUGACGUCUCUCUCACACACACACUAGUGAUGGGAAGUUCGGCUCAUUUUACGGAUUCGGUUCUUUGAAUCUCGUUCAGCAAAAUGAACGAAUCUUUUUUCGAGUCAUUUCGUUCAUUUCGUUCACUCCAGCAGAAUGUAAUUAAAAUGUUCCAUGUUAAUUCCCUAACACAUCUACUCACGCACAUAUGGAUCACAUUUCGAAUAAGAAAGAACUGUCAUAUUAUAAGUAAUAUCUUACCUGUGUCUUGAGGCUAUGCAGUCUGUUACUUCAUCACCUCACCUCCGGAUUUUUUGGGUCCAAUUCGUUCGUUCUUUUGUCACGUAACAUCCUAAACUAAGCUCUGCCGUCUCCUCUAUACCCAACAGAAUGAUUCAUCUCACGCGCCUUCGGUUCGAGUCAGUUUGUUCAUCACGUGACAGCCCCGUAUGGCACCGCAGUCUGAGCCGGAAACAGAAAGAUUAGUUUACAUAAGUCUUUGGAUUCAUGUUGUUCGUUCCUGUAAUGUGACUGCUUCCCGUCUCAGUAUCUUAUGACAAAUACAAUAUUACAUUAAUAUUAUUGACUUUAUAAGGUAUUAAAUUAUAAAACUAUAAGAUAUCAUAAAAUU